CACGUGUUUUGUGAACAUAUCAUAAUUGGAUGUCUUAUUAUGGUUUGCAGUCAUUGUUGACAGUUAUGUGUCUCACAGUCUGACAGCUAUUGUCACCACAACUGACACACCAUUGCAUGGAUUGUCACACCAUUGGCACCGAUGAUAACGUCGAGUUGAUUCACACAAGCAUUCAAACAAAUCAAUGGCUAAACAGUUGAUUGGAUCCGUUCAAGACGUUUGUGCCGAUUGCGGAACAAAUGAACCGAAUUGGGUUUCACUGAACAGAGGAGUUCUCGUAUGCGACGACUGCUGUCUUAUUCACCGCAGUUUAGGCCGUAAUGAUAACACCCGAAGACAUAGACACAUAUCGCAAGUGAAGUCCAUUGAGAAGAGCGUCUGGCGGUCGACACAAAUGCAAAUGAUUGCCGAACUGCAGAGGAGUGGUUCCAACUCUAUAUGGGAGCACACAUUACUGGAUCCGCUGACCGGUAAGACUGGGAUCAGACGCAAGCCAUCGCCCAAAGACCCCAUCCAUCCCAACAAAAGUGAAUUCAUUCGCUCGAAGUAUCAGAACUUAUCGUUCAUUAAUCGGUCGACAAAUAAAGAGGAGUCGGAGACAGAUAUCAGCGAACAGUUGCACUCAUCGGUCAGAACACCAAACCUUAAGACAAGUCUUCGACUGUUGGCCUCCGGAGCGGAUCUCAAUUACAUCCAUAACGAGAAAUACAACUCUCCGUUACAUAUGGCGGCCAAAGCGGGACAGAUAUCGCAGAUUGAGUUGCUGUUAGUCUACGGCGCGAAUCCAUGCAUUGUUGACGUCAAGGGAAAGACACCAAUAGAUUACGCCAAAGACGCCAAUUAUGGCGAUAUUGUCGACCGUUUAAUCGAAAGCCAAUACGAGUUAAGCGAUCGCUUGACUUACUUCGUGUGCGGACGAGUGCCUAACCAUAAGAACGGUCAGCACUUUCUGGUGCCAGAAAUGGUGGACUCCGGCGACGACAGAUCGCACGCCGACUCGAAACUCAAACUCCAGAACCUCUCGAAUAAGAUAUUCGAAGAGUUGUCGCGAGAUCUGUACGAUGAGGUCGACCGGCGAGAGAUCGACGCCAUAUUCAACGCGAGUCAGACCCACAACGGCUCGCACACUGGAAGUGCGGACAAACAGGUGGUGCCCUUUCUGCCGGUGAACCCCCACUUCUCGUCGACCCGAAAUCAGGGCCGACAGAAGUUGGCGCGACUUAACAGCAAAGAGUUGGCGCAACUCAUUGUCGAUGUGUUGUACGAAAUGCGUCGACGACUCCAGUGCUACGAAACCAAUGAUAUGACAAUCAAUACAAAUAACGUUAAGUCGCUCUCCAUUUCCAAUUCAAACCGAAAGCAAAGGCAAACAUCGGACGGAAGUUCUGACUACGAUUCGGAACCGCUCUAUGAUUCAGUUCCCUCUGAAGAUGAAGAUAAAGACUAUAAGAGUUUUGGCUUUAAAAUUAGCAAAAACUCUUCGACAACCCUUCGGUCAACAAGUGAUAAGAAUUCAACUAAAGGGUCAAAGAGUUCGGUGUCGGCCGACGAUUAUAGUUCACUGAAGGAUCAGUUGAGUCGUUCAGAUACACUCAUCCAGGAGUUGGUUCUCGGGAACCAAGACAUGAGGCAUGAGAUCACACGACUCCAAGUGAUGGUCCAGAAGUUGAUCGACGAAAACGCACAGUUGAGGGCAGUUGUCAUUCCCAAGAGUCCCACAGUUAUGGCGGACGUCCGGCGCAGUCCCAUAGAGAGCCCACCGGAGAUAUUGCCGAGAAGUGCGCCUAAAAUGCCGACUCGACCGCAGUCUAUGAUCAAUGAGAGGCAGUCGACGCCCACAUCCCCCACCAAGUCGUCGGCUUCUCUCAACAAUUUGCAGCAAAACUCACAAAACAACUCAUCAUUUAUUUCUAGUCUUCCAAAAGAGCAUCAAAUCGUAUCGACUAAUCAAAUGCCAUCACAUUUUGUUGGCGCCGCCGCUGCCGACACACCCCUCUCUCCCUCUGAAGCCUCCUUUCGAUCCCUAUUCCCUCACAAAGAAGAAGUUCUCAGGAAAACGGAACAAAUCACUCGUUGUAUACAAGAGUUGCUGUUAACGGCACAGGAGGGAAGGCAUCAAAAUUUCGACUCGUGUUCUGACAAAAUCAGUUCCGCAGUCAAUCACAUGAUUAGUAUAUUUCCAGAGUCUUUCGUGGAGAUGUCUGUCCACCCGAACGGCGAACAAAUCUAUACGGCUUUAAAUCAGUUACACAGCAGUGCCUUAAAGUUGAGGGUCGAGUGCCGGACAUCACUCAACAUUAGUUUAAUGCCUCAACACAUGAAACAAGACUUUCGACUCAUUUACCAGAAAGUGAUUGAGAGUGCCUUCGAAAUCGCCAAAUCAGCCAAAACUCUGUAUUUCAUUGAAAUUAUGGGCAAAAUCCGUAAGAAGGGAGAGCGGGGGUCAAGGGUUGCGUUCGUGACCAGGGGUCAGGCCAUACGGAAACUUCAACUGUCGCUAAAAGACUUCAGGAGGUUAAGUAUUCUGAAGGGUAUAUAUCCGGUCGAACCCAAGAACAAGAAGAAGACGGACAGAACCGGCAGUUCUACACAUAAGACCUAUUAUCUCCUCAAAGAUAUCCAAUACUUGUCUCACGAGCCCAUCAUUUGGAGGUUUUGGGACUUCAAAAUAUUUAUGAAACGAGUGGUUCGGGCGAAAGGACGCAAAGACAGCGAAUCCAUAAAAAGGAUCCGCGAGAAUAAGCCCUUCUAUAAAGUGGAUCAUAUCGUGAGAGAGAGAUAUCCGACGUUUGCGGACGCGAUGAGGGAUAUGGACGACGCCCUGAGUCUGUGCUUCUUAUACGCCAUGUUCUGUAAAUCCAAAGCACUUCCACUCGAACUCAUAGAACUGAGCCGUCGGUUGACUCUCGAGUUCAUGCAUUAUGUCAUCGAAACCAAGGCUUUGCGCAAAGUCUUCAUUUCGAUCAAAGGCUACUACUAUGAGGCCGACCUCAAUGGCCAGACUAUCCGAUGGGUAGUUCCCCAUCAGUUUGUUUUCGAUCGCAUAACUGAUGUCGACUUCGCAGUCAUGAGAACUUUCACCGAAUUUUAUAUCACUUUUUUGGGGUUUAUUAAUUAUAAGCUCUAUUCGAGUCAAUCAUUAGUAUAUCCGCCAAAAAUUAUUGACAAAUCAAUUGCCGAUCCGGAAGACAAUGAUAUGAACGAGCAGUUGGUGUCAGCACUGAAUACCCCGUUAACUAAUUUUGCGAAUUCGGAACAAUUGACAAAAAUUGAUGACUUCGAGGACAACGAAGAGGAGGCCAAUGCAUCGGAACUGACUUUCCAUCAGUUGACUAAAUUCCAGAACCUAUUCAAAGGACUCAAAUUCUUCUUGAAUCGAGAGGUGCCGCGCGAGUCACUCGUGUUUGUCAUCAGGAGUUUCGGCGGAACUGUUUCCUGGGAUAAGACGCUUCACAUCGGAUCCACGUUUGACGAGAACGACGAGACGAUUACCCAUCAGAUCGUCGACAGAGAAGACAUUAAAUCAAAAUAUAUGAACCGAUUCUAUAUUCAGCCGCAAUGGGUGUAUGACUGCGUUAACGCCAAACUCCUACUACCCGUUCAGAAGUACUUCAUUGGCGCCAAACUUCCGGCACAUUUAUCGCCGUUUGUGGUCGAGUCUGACGGUGAAUACGUUCCGCCCGAACGACAGUAUCUCAAGAACUUGCAGUCAAUGAACGAUGAGAACGACGAACACGAGUCGGCAGACGAAGAGGCCGUUGAGGAGCAGCCAAAACAUAAGAAACAGAAGACUUCGGAGAAAUCUAUUGCUGAGAAGAACGAGAAGUCGAUGGCUGUGCGCGCGGGUCGUGUAGUACGAGAGGACAGGGAGAAGAUGGAGAAACAGCAACAGAGCGAAGAGAAACGUCUGGCAGUUAUGAUGAUUCCCAAGAAGAAGAAGCGCUUGUAUUCCAAGAUUAUGUUCGGGAAGAAGAGGAAAGCCAGAGAAGCCGAGAAACUCGCGACAAAGAGGCGAGAUUAUUUCUUGUUAUUCGUGUCGGUGUUGGAGUUGGCCUUAAAGUAUGGCCUCAACUGCAAUAACUGGAUUUGUCGGACAGGCUGUUGUCCGCCCGGGACCCCAGUCACGGACGCACUGGUGGUGGCGCUCGUGGACGCUGUGGGCGACACGGCUUUAGCGACGGGUGACGUGAAUAUAUUCAUUCCCGCCAUUGAGAUGGGAAUAGUGAGUGACUGUGUGGCCAACGCUUGCGAUGAUGGGAUAGUCUUGACAAAAGUGACCGGAUUUUGA